UGUACGUGCUCAGACUGGACACUCCGGCCAACACCGGCGAAGACCGCGGCAACAUGGACGUCCACUUCGCCGGCUGGAGGCAGCGAUUCGAGGGAAAAAUCGUCCUCAUAUUCUCCAUCGUGGUCGCACUGCUGAUAGGAGUCGCCGUGUGCUUCGUCUUUGGAACGAGCUCAGAGGCGAAGGCAUCCUCAGGGUCCCACGAGCCCUUGACGGAUUUCACGGUUCCCACUGCUCUGACCUCGGCGAGACGGCAGACGCAGGAAUCGCAGCUCGAAGCCGAAGGCACCGCGACGGCGAGCGGAGGCCCCAAGAAUGCGUCGGUGAAGUGGAGUAACGACAGCAGCAGCCAAGUUUCGACGGGCACGUCGACGUUGGACCCGUCCACGGGAGUGAACUGCUCCACAGCGACCCCUGAAUGAAACUGCUACUGUGACGGCGCGCUCAGACUUCAUGAGCGCUUUACAAGCUGAUAACAAUUAGUGAAAAAUGUAAUACAAACGAAAACGAACAUAUGAUUACAAAAUAACAUAUGAAGGUUUUGCGGUGUAGUCGUU